CGAGGGUUUUCCGACAAUCAUGUCAUAACUGCAGCUGAGAGAACCUGCCGGUCUUCACCAGGAUGUAAAUGUAGGGGAACAUGUUAAAUAGGGCACUGGAUGCAUGAAGCCAUGACGGUGCUUUACCAAGGGCCGCGGCUCGUGGACUUUGCAAAGGCCCCUCCAUACCUGCAGUUCAACAAGUACGUCCUGACAGGUUACCGGCCCGUGUCCACCGUCCAGGAGUGCCUCAGGAGCCUUUUCUACAUGCACAAUGAGCUAGGGAACAUUUACACUCAUGGUAUCCCUUUCCUCCUCUUCUUGGUGAUGCUGCCUUACAGCAUCCCAUGGAUGGAGGUGGACAACACAUGGAUAUGCAUGGUCCACUACCUAGCCUGCCUCUGCCCCACCGUCGGCUCGGUGCUCUACCAUCUGUUUAUGAACCACGUGGGAGGACAACACGUCUACAACACCCUGCUCUCCCUGGACAUGGUUGGGGUCUGUCUAGUUAACACUCUGGGAGCACUGCCCAUCAUUUACAUCACCCUGCUUUGCCACCCGACUGUGCAACGGACCGCCCUGCUGGUCUACAUCGUCCUGUCAGCCUACGGCAUCUACUGCGCCACCACGGCCCACACCAACAUCUUGCGUCUGCGAUCCUUCAUCUGGCAGGCUUUGUUCCGCUUCAGCCUCUUCUUGUUCCGGGCUUACGGAGCCGGUGUUGGCAGUCCCAACUCCAUGCGUCUGUUCGUCACCAUGGAUGCUUUCGCUGUACUGGGAGGACUGGUCAACAUCAUCCAGAUCCCAGAGCGCUUCUGCCCAGGUCUGUUUGACAACUGGGGCAACAGCCACCAGAUAAUGCAUGUUAUGGUUAUCUGCUCCAUCAUCUACCUGCACUGGGGCACCGUGGAGGAUUUAACCUGGAUUAAGACCUUCCAGUGUCCUGUACUGACCCGAGCCCUUUAA